AUGGCCCCCUUCAACGCUCUCUCAACUAUUCUGCUGGGCCUAGCCGCCCAAACGUCCAUGCCCCCCACGUCCGCCUUCCCGCACCUCGAACCCCGCGCCACCAAAUGCACCAUGGCCUACCUCUUCCCCUCCGGCCAAGGCAGCAAAUGGUGGACCACCUGCCCCAACACGAGCAAAGCCCUCCCCCUCUCCGACGCCACGCUCCGGCCCACGAACAACAUCGCCGCGCUGCCGCACGCGUACGUCGGCGUGCCCGACGGCGGGGCGGACACCGCGCUGAAGGCGCACUACCCCGAGGGGUCGUACAUCCCCAGCAAGCAGCCGCAGGGGGGGCUGUCGUUUUAUGCGCCCGGGCCGGCGGGCGUGGAUCUGACGACGGCGAAGGAGGCGACGUUUGGGUAUCGCGUGUGGUUCCCCGCUGGGUUUGAUUUCGUCAAGGGCGGGAAGCUGCCUGGGCUGUACGGCGGCGACUCUGCGAGCGGGUCCAUCUCGUGCUCGGGCGGGAGCCGCAACGACGCGUGCUUCUCGGUGCGCAUGAUGUGGCGCACGGACGGCGCGGGCGAGGUGUACACGUACCUCCCGCCGUCGUACCCCGCCAACGACAACGUAUGUAACGUCCCGCCCCAGAGCGAGUGCAACCCGACGUACGGCGCGAGCGUCGGGCGCGGGUCGUUUGCGUUCGCGAGCGGCGGGUGGACGAGCGUGAGCGAGCGUGUGCGGCUGAACGAUGCUGGGCAGGAGAAUGGGGAGAUUGAGUUGUUUGUCAAUGGGAAGAGUGUGGUGAACGUUGGGGGGUUGGUGUUGAGGGAUUCGAGUGCGGGGAGGAUUAGGGGGAUUAUGAUGCAGACGUUUUUCGGGGGUUCGACUUCGGAUUGGGCUUCCCCGAAGGAUCAAGAUGUCUACUUUGCUGACUUGUCGGUGGCGAUCACGGAGACGCUCUGA